CCACAGAGAGUUGGCAUCUCAUAGCAAGAGCCAAACAAAACAGAAGGAGAAAGAAUUAAGAUACGGUGGCAGCUUUAGCUAUUAACAUUGGGGGAAAAAAUCUGCAGCUAGAGACUUUACCACAUGUGAUUUCUUUAAGGGAGAUUGCUACAGCAGGCAGAUUUUCUGUGUUUGCUCUGUUCUGUCUCUCCUGGGGUCCCAGUCCUCUGUGAUGAGAGCAAACAUCUCCUUUGUUUUGUGCUCACAGAAAAGCUCAGUCUUUCUUUUGAAGACAGAUGAAGUCUUAGUACUAGUUACUGAAAACACAUGAAAAGGAGGCUAGUGGGGGUGUUUGUUUUUUGUAAACUUAGAAUCUAUAAAAAUAUAUAUUUUCCUAAUCUUAAUCUUGUCCAGGGAUUUACAGCAUCUGUAUCUCAGAAGAGCCAAACUGCUUUGAGUAGAAGGAAAUCUGCAAAAAAUGGCCUGAAGCAGGACCUUGUGGCACUGCUGCGGCUAGUGCAGGCAGGAAAUCAUGUUACAGGAAGUGCCUGCUAGCCUGCCACACUGCUCAGGCUGGCUAGUCCAACAAUGCAUAGUGUGAAUAGCUCAGAGACACCCUGGCUACUAAGAUUUACAUGUCCAAGACCUGUGAGAGAACACAGUCACCAAAGGCCUUGGCAGGCAGCACCUGAUGUAAGUCAAGACAUCAUUGCUUCUGCCCAGUGCAUCUUGGACAGAGAAAAUUAUUUUGUGAGGGAGGUGGACAGAUAUUUGAGGCACAAUGAUUUCUUAAAUCUGAGAAAGAAGGAGAUCCUGUACAAGAAAUGGCUUGAGGAUGUUUCAGAACCACUGCUGCAGAAAAUUGAGGACAAAAUGGACAGGCAGUCAAGCGAAGAAAUACGGAAAAGGAAAGAAGAACAACUGUCUCUCUAUUUAAGCUACUGUAAAAAGAAGGGCUGUGUGGCUUUGGAAGCUUAUGACCCGUCAGAGUACGAUCCGUUCUUCCUGAAGACAAAUACAGACUGCUGGAAGGUUUCAAUACCAACUUUACAGGAUCCUCUGUUAAAAGACAUUCAAAGAAAGCUUAUUGAGACAGGCAUUAUCAAGCAGUGUGAGACAGGUAUUUUAAACAGUUGUUAUCCCUUGGAAGUGUUUCAUAUUGGGGGGACCAUCCUUGCUUGUGACAGUAGAUGCUCACACAAAACACUUGUUACUUUCCUGCCAGGAAGACCGUGCUCUACCAGAGAGCUGAAGGAGCUCAGGAAGGCAGAACUGCCACUGCUCCCUUUGGGCCGGCAACGGAUGGACGCGGCUGCGUGGCCCAAGCUCCCACACGCCUAUAUUGCUAGUGAGGCCCACAAAACCAAGAGGUUGUUUACUGAGAGGCAGUGCAACAGCUACAUGGGAUGAGGCGCAGCAGAGUAUUCGCUAAACUUCCAUUUCAUGGUGAAUAUUGUUUAAUUGUAUAUUUCUACUGAGAAAGGAGUGUUGGUGAAGGGAAACCUUCAGGUAUGGAGUGGAUAACAGGAUGUAUUAAAGUAGAGCAUUGCUGGCCAAGCUGAGUCUUGAAAUAAAGUGGAUUUGGUGGGGAGUUUUUCCUGCAUUUUCUGCGUGCAGCCUGGCAGCCAGCCCUACAGGUCAAGCCAUGGAGUAUCUCCUGGGUGGUUUAGUGGAGGAUCUGAAAGUAUUUCAUGUUCAUACUUGCUUUGGGUUUGGUGGGUUUUUUGUUAUUAGUUUCUAGAUUUUGGGAGCAGAGCAAGGUCACACUUAUAUGGUUCAUGUUGGAAGGGAUGUCUGGAGCUCAUCUUGUCCAACUCCCCACUCAAGCAAGGCCACCUACAGCCAGCUGCCCAGGACCACGACCAGAUGGGUUUUGAAUAUCUCCAAGGAUGGAGACUCCACAACCCCUCUGGGCAACCUGUGCCAGUGCUGGGUCACGUUCACAGUAGAAAAGU